AUGUCUGUGAAUCCAAUGACCUAUGAGGCCCAGUUCUUUGGCUUCAUGCCACAAACGUGCAUGCUUCGAAUCUACAUUGCAUUUCAAGACUACCUAUUUGAAGUGAUGCAGGCCGUUGAACAGGUUAUUCUGAAGAAGCUGGAUGGCAUCCCAGACUGUGACAUUAGCCCAGUGCAGAUUCGCAAAUGUACCGAGAAGUUUCUUUGCUUCAUGAAAGGACAUUUUGAUAACCUUUUUAGCAAAAUGGAGCAACUGUUUUUGCAGCUGAUUUUACGUAUUCCCUCAAACAUCUUGCUUCCUGAAGAUAAAUGUAAGGAGAUACCUUAUAGUGAGGAAGAUUUUCAGCGUCUCCAGAAAGAUUUUGAACAGUUACAGGAGAAGUACAAGACUGAAUUAUGUAUUAAGCAGGCCCCUCUUGCAGAAUUAGAAGAGCAAAAAAUUGUUCAGGCCAAACUCAAACAGACGUUGACUUUCUUUGAUGAGCUUCAAAAUGUUGUCAGAGAUCAUGGGACCAGUGAUUUUAGGGAGAGUUUAGUGUCCCUGGUUCAGAACUCCAGAAAACUACAGAACAUUAGAGACAGUGUGGAAAAGGAAUCGAAAUGACUGAAAAUAUCUUAAUUGCUCAGUAGUCAAAAGGAGGAGCCUGUCAAAAAGUAGAAUCAUAAGGAAUUUAUACCAAUGACUGUUCAAACCAACCAUACUUUUUAUUAGAUUUGCUUUGUCAACUCUUUCUUGUAUUCUGUGUCUUCCUCUUUUUUGGUCCACUUUCCUGAGGUAUGUGUGUACUACUUUGAACU